CAUAUAGUAAAACACAAGGUCUAUUCCCAUUUGGCCUCUAGCUCAAUGUACAGUGCACAGGUCAUAAUUUUACAUACAAAACUGCUCCAAGGGCUCUCAAGCCAACACCUGUUGCCUUUUUCCAGUUGGAUUUCUGGUAACAUAGACAUUCUUUCAACAUAAAAUCAUGGCAACCCAGAAACAGAAACCACUAAAUUGUAGUCCUGAUUUACAGUUUCUACUUAUAGUUUUCAUGGUGGUUUCUUCUUCCUUGGCAACUUCAUCUUCAGCAGCAACAGAAGCAGAAGCUCUUUUGAAUUGGAAGUCAAGCCUUGACAAUACAAGCCUGUCUCUCUUGUCCUCAUGGGUUGGAGACAACAGCAGCACUUGCAAUUGGGUUGGGAUUUCCUGCAACAACUUUGGAAGCAUCAACCAUAUAAACCUCACUGGUUCUGGUUUGAGAGGUACACUUCAUACUUUGAGUUUCUCGACUUUCCCAAAUCUCAUAAGCCUUAACUUGAGCCAUAACGCCUUUUUUGGAACCAUUCCCCCAAGUUUAGGUAGCUUGUCUAGUCUUGAAAUCCUUGAUCUUUCUCAAAAUAAUAUUAAUGGGUCCAUUCCUGAUGAUUUUGUAAUGCUAGGCAACUUAUCCAUUCUUUCAUUUCGGAAAAAUCAAAUUUCUGGUCAAAUUCCUCAAGAAAUGUACAAGCUAAGUUCACUUAGGGUGAUUGACAUAUCAAUCAACAAUAUCACUGGUUCAAUCCCAGCAUCUAUAGGAAACCUGUCCAACUUAAUUGUUCUAGACCUUCAUAAAAACGCUUUGUCAGGAUCGAUUCCUUCCAGUAUUGGAAACCUGACUAGGUUGAAAGUGUUGUACCUGAUGUAUAAUCAAUUAUCUGGAGCCAUCCCAAAUGAAGUAGGACAGCUCAAGUUUCUUACUGAUUUAGGAUUGGUAAAUAACAAACUAAAUGGUACCAUUCCUCUAGGGAUAAACAACCUUGUAUAUUUGAAGAAUUUUUGGUCGAGCAACAACAGCUUGUCUGGUUCUAUUCCUGGAGAUAUAUGCAGUGGUGGAUUGCUCGAAAUAUUUACAGUACAGAAUAAUCAGUUGACAGGUCCCAUACCUAGAAGCUUGAGAAACUGCACCAGCUUAACUAGGUUGAGGCUUGAAAGAAACCAACUAUCAGGAAACAUAAGUGAAGAGCUUGGCAUUUAUCCGAAAUUGAAUUACAUUGAUCUGAGUUAUAACAGACUGUAUGGAGAGCUUUCUGAGAACUGGGGGAAGUGCCAAAACUUGCAAGGCUUAAAACUCAGCAACAACAGAAUUUCAGGGAGAAUUCCUCAUCUUGAGGGAUCUGAGCUACAUGUACUUGACCUUUCUUCAAACGGUCUCAUUGGGUCAAUUCCAAAGGAACUAGGAAAGUUGUCAUCCUUGUUCAACCUCAGCCUUGCGGACAACAGACUUUCGGGCAGUGUCCCAUUAGAGAUUGGAAUGUUGUCCAAUCUGCAGUAUCUUAACUUAGGAGCAAACAAUUUGACUGGAUUGAUUCCAGAGCAAUUAGACGGGUGCAGAAAGUUGUUGAGCUUGAAUUUGAGCAGAAAUAGAUUUCGUGAGAGCAUUCCUCUUGAGAUGGGAAGCAUACAAUCUCUAGAAAUUCUUGAUCUGAGUCAUAAUUUGCUAAUGAAUAGAAUACCAGCACAGCUUGGAGGGUUGCAAAAGCUAGAAGCACUGAAUCUCUCCCACAAUGAGCUCUUGGGUUCAAUCCCAUCCUCUUUUGAUAACAUGUUGAGCUUGACAGUUGUUGACAUAUCUUACAAUCAAUUGGAGGGUCCUCUUCCCAACAAUAAAGCAUUCCAAGAGGCUCCAGUUGGAGCCUUGGGGAAUAACAAAGGGUUGUGUGGUAAUGCCACCGGUUUGAAUGCUUGCCCAUCUAUAACAAGGGGUGGGAAAAAGAGUAACAAAUCUACUAUUUUCAUCAUAGUCCUUGUUUUAGGUAUUGUAGUUUUCGUAUUUGUAGUAGUUGGAGUUCUUUAUAUGAUAUGCCAUACCCGAGAGCCGCAAAAUGAAAACCAGUUUGAAGUUUGGAGCUUGGAUGGAUUACUUGUAUAUGAAGACAUCGUUGAAGCUACAGAGUCAUUCAACUCCAAACAUUGUGUAGGAGUAGGAGGGACUGCAAGUGUUUAUAAAGCUCAACUGCAAACAGGUCGGAUUGUUGCAGUAAAGAAACUUCACACGCUGCAGGAUAGCGGUGGAGAAGCAAUUCUGAAGGCUUUUGAGAGUGAGAUUCGUACUCUUGCAGAAAUCCGUCACCGCAACAUAUUGAAGCUUUAUGGUUUCUGUGCACAUCCGCGGCACCCUCUUUUGCUUUACGAGUUCAUAGAAGGAGGAAGCUUGGAAAACAUAUUGACUGAUGAAAACUAUGCAAGUAAUUUUGGAUGGAUGGAGAGGGUGAAUGUUGUCAAAGAUGUUGCAAAUGCAUUAUCUUAUAUGCACCAUGAUUGCUCGCGUCCAAUAGUUCAUCGAGACAUAUCAAGCAAGAACAUCCUACUGGAUUUAGAGUAUGGAGCUUAUGUGUCUGAUUUUGGUACAGCUAGGCUUUUGAAGCCUAAUGCUUCUAAUUGGACAACAUUUGCAGGCACAUUUGGAUAUAGUGCUCCAGAGUUGGCAUACACAGUGGAACCAAAUGAGAAAUGUGAUGUUUAUAGCUUUGGAGUGGUAGCAUUGGAAGUGAUCGUGGGAAAGCAUCCUGGAGAUCUCAUCUCCUACUUUUUGUCACUUUCAUCAACAUCAACAGCACAAGGUUUACAACUGAAGGAUGUCUUGGACCAACGCCUCUUGCCUCCUAACAAUCAAGCUGCGGAGAAAGUGAUCGCGGUUGCAAAUCUUGCAUUUGCAUGCUUGCGAACGAGUCCACAAUCUCGACCAACCAUGCAUCAAGUUUCCCAGGAGUUGUUGUUUUGAAUGACACAAUUUUGUUAGACGGUGCUUAAUAAUUAGAAACUUGUCCUUGCUUCUUGUAAUGUGAAUCCGUGUCAACUCUUCAAUGCUGUAAAGUUUUCUCCGCAAUAUAUACAAUUUUGACUGA